AUGGAAUUUCUUCCGAAUGGGAUCCCCAGCGACUGGGCACGAAGCUUCAACUUGCCAUCCGUUGAAGGUCACGACGAGGAAGCCGACAGGCGUUCCAGCGCAUCUAACAGCGAGGCUCCGCUGACGCCGUUGCCGAUAUAUACCAGCAUCCAUCGGAUCCGACGUUUAGUCCUCGCCAGCAUCGACGACCCCUACACACUGGAGCAUUUUCGCGAGCCCAGCUUGAACGCGCUCAUCGUUCGACCACUCGUGGACCGCCUCUACGAUCCGCAAGACACCACCGUCGUUUACUGUCUCCUCGUGAAUCGCGUCCACUUCCUGCGCGAACAAUCUCAGCUUGUAUACCAAUCCGUCAAUGGCGCCCGAGCGACUUUAUGCGAGCUUGUGGCCACGCGAGUCCUCCGUCGCUUCCACGAAGAUCACCCCGGCCAGGCGGGACUAUUGCUACUCGCGCGAAUUCUUGUCGAAGGCCAUGAUCCCUUCCAAGGUGCUCCUGUUCACAUCGAGCGCGAGGGCCGCCAGCUGCACUGGCCGAUCCAGGAUCGUGGCGGGCACGAGCAUGAGCUAACAGCACUGGAGCUCGCCAUCCUAUCCGAGAGCAAGACCUUUGUGGCGUCCUCGGCAUGUCAGCGCGUCGUCGACGCCGUACAUAGUGGGCAAAUUGUGUAUACGCCGCUGAGUUUCGUCGACAUGCUGCCCGACCACUACAAGCACCGACCAAUAUCACUCUACGACCCGCACGGAGCUCGGCUGCUAAACCACCACCGGCUUAUAGUGCCACGCAUUAGAGCGAUUGUCGAAAUGGUCGAGUUCCUGGUCCUGUUGAUGCUUUACGUUUUGACCAUGGUCAAUCGUAGACUGGAUCACAAUCCGUGGGAGCUGCUCUUUUGCGCUUAUACGGCCGGCUGGGCGCUGCACGAGUUUGCCGCCAUCAUCGAGCAUGGAUGGGAAGUCCACGCGCAGAGCCUCUGGGCCUUUCUUGACGCGACGUUUGUCGUCGUGUACGCAGCUUACUUGCUCGUGCGCGUGUACGACAUCGCGCUUGGACAGCUGCACGAUGGCUUUGGCCUGCACAUUCUCUGCAUUGCAGCGCCGGUUCUGCUGACGCGCAUUGCAUUUACUUUGCUUCCGCACAACAUUGUCUUCAUCUCAUUGCAUGCCAUGAUGAAAGACUUCACCCUCGUCACAUUUCUUGCCAUAUGGUGUUUUCUCGGCUUCCUCCUUGCCCUUCAGUGGCUCAUCACAUCUGACCAAAGUCGCGGUGGGGAGGACAGCGCUCCGAGCUGGUCGACCGUGUCGAAGUGGCUGCUAUGGAUAUGGUUUGGCCUCGAUGGCACAGGCAUUGAAGAAUCGACGCGCUUCCACGUCGUCUUUGGCCCGAUGCUCAUCAUUGCCUUUGCGUUCUUGGGCAACACUCUCUUCCUUACCAUCCUGGUCGCGUUACUUACGAAUACCUUUUCGCGAAUCAUUGCGGACGAGGCGGCCGAGAUCCGUUUUCGGCGCACUGUUCUCACCUUUGAAGGUGUCAAGAGCGAUGCCAUAUUUGCUUACCCUCCACCGUUUAACGUUCUCGCCCUGGCGAUCCUUCUUCCCGUCAAGUCGGUAGUGUCUCCCCGACGGUUUCACACGAUCAACGUCGCGCUCAUUCGCCUCUUCAAUGCACCAAUCCUCAUCAUCAUCAGCCUCUUCGAGCGGCGAAGUCUCUGGGCCCGCCCCAAGCGGCCGAGUAGAAGCUGGCGAUUCACUGGCUUCUCGCCGCACGGAGAUAUCCAGGCUGUCUUUGAGACUCCGCUCCCGGAGGAGGUGUCAGACUUCAUUGACAUUCUAGAUCCGAUGAGCGAGGUGCCAGUCUUGGAGGAUGAUGUGAUGUCGAGAUUGUCGGGAGAUGUACCUCGCUCGAGGCUACGGAGGUCACGGAUGUCCAGACGCAGAGGGAGAUCGGGCGAUGACAGCAGAUCGCCAUUUCCAGCGCAGUUGCAACUGUGA